AUGUCUCUGAAGAAACCUCCUCCGGCACCACCAAGGAAGCCCGAAACGAACAUAUCAUUCUUUCUUGAGACUCUUAUUCCCUUCCUAUUCGCCGGCCUCGGUCUGAUUUUUGCUGGCCUUCUUCUCGAGGAUGCCGAAACCUGGUCGUUCUUCAUAGAGCUUCCGGACGCUGUCACACUAGUACCGACCCUGGUUGGAUUAAAAGGCAACCUCGAGAUGACGUUGGCUUCCAGGCUGUCUACCCUGGCGAACCUCGGAUUUAUGGAGACGCCAAAACAAAAAUGGCAAGUGGCACUGUCUAACAUGGCGCUUAUUCAGACACAAGCUAUCGUUGUUUCGUCGAUUGCCGUCAUUCCAGCAGCACUAUUGGGAGAGAAG